GUAGAAAGUUCUUUGAAUUAAAAUGCCAUAAUUUUCUGCAUUGCUUGAAGAUCUCAAACCUACGGUGCUUAAUCAGAUUAAUUUGAAUAAACAAAUCCAGCAAGUUCUGUUAUCGUCACAUCAAUCGGGAAAUUAGUUGGAAUUAGGUGAUAAUAUUAGGACCGGUGGUUUGAAUAGAUGCCAAAAGGUCGAUCAGAAGUUCACGCACAAUAGAGUAGAAGCCAAUGUCGAAUAAGCACUUGUUUGCAAUUUGCACAUGGGGACAAAUGUCAAACCAUUUGAUUUGUUUAGAGCAGCGUAUGAUUUUUCGCUGCUGUACUUAAUUGUGUAUUAGUUAUUCCGAGCUCCAAAGUUGAUUAUGUGCUGGGGGAGAGAAGUUGUACUUACAUUUGAAGAGUUUGUGGAAAAUAGCAAGCACCAUUUGCACAUUGAUAAAUUUAUUUGUUAUUUCUCCUUGCGGCAGCCUUGUUUUGUGGAUGAUGAACAUGUUAAGAAGUUUAAGGGGUUGGGGGUUUCUAUGGCUAAGCUUGAAUCUCCUUGGGUUGAGGAUGUUAAGAAGCCAGAGAAGAGGACAGUUAAAGAUGUCUUGGAAAAGUUUUCUGCUGGUGAUGAUGUUAUUGCAAUCGGAGAUGUAUUCUUUGCUAAUGUUGUGAAAGAGUGGGUGAUGCAGCCGGGUGGUCCUAUUGCACACAAAUAUACCACAUAUACAUGGGAUAAUCAUGUCGGUGCAUACGUCAUCUACAGUUCUAUCAAUAUGCAUUAA